CACCAAACGACAUUAACCCCAAAACGAAGCCAAAGCGAGCGGGUUCAGGCGGGGUUCGCCAGGCUAUCAACCACGUCAACUCCAGCGCCGAAGCUAACUUCAACCUUCCAGCAGCUGGCACCUGAAUGGAGGAGGAGUGGCGAAGAAAAGAUAUCGGUGAAAAUACAUCUGUGGAACUGCCGUGGACGAACCACUUCGCGUGAUUCCCUCUGCGCCCAAUAAGCUUGAAAUAUUAAGAUGACGACGAUGGCGCCGAUGCCGGCCGGCAUUUUUAUUGAACCAGCAUGCCUUGAAAAGCGGGGCUGGAAAAAGCUUGAACCCAAUAUCUCGAACGCAAUACCUGCCAAAUUGCAGGCUUGGAGGUGGAGGGGGGAAUUGGGGGAGGAGGGAAGGGUGGAUAGCGAGUUUUUCCCAGCUGCGAGAGGGCACGCGCCACCAGACAACAAAAACAGCACCUGGCACUAUACAGCCUCGGAGCUCUACAGAAGGGCCAGAAUAUUCAUCGCGGAGAUCGGACAGUUCGUGUCCGCAUACGUGCUCCCGACACGACCCAGCGACAAGGCCCCGUCUGUACACAUCUUCAGACGUCGGCCCUACAACUCGGCACUUCCAGACAUUCAAAUCUGACGCCCACGGGGUAGCAACGCGGGCGCACGCACGGGCGCAAGGGUAAGCCUCUUCGAGAGGAAGAGCCUUCAGCAAGCGCCCACAAACAUUUAUCGUACAUGACCUCUUCGCAUCUGGUGCGGGACGUGGGGCAUGCUCGCAGCGCGGCCCUUCCCUUCCCUACUGGAGCGCCAGUACCUUCAGGGG